AUGGGUGACGACUUUGAACUCUCUUUUGAGGAUCAAUUUGAAGACCACGCUGUCGACUCUGACACUCCAUCCCGGUCAAAUUCCCUCAAACUCAAAAAAGGGAAUACUGACAGUCAACGCAGAAGAGAAAAGCGACGGUCGAAGCUUUGGUAUGAGAAGACGUCUCAACCAGCAAGUGACAGCGAGGCCAGUACAGGUGCUCAAGAAACGAUUCCAACAGCGAUUGUCAUUAAAAACAUUCCCUUUUCCAUAAAGCGAGACGCGCUUCUUGCUAUCCUCAAUAAUCUCGAUAUCCCAAGACCUUAUGCAUUCAAUUAUCACUUCGAUAAUGGUGUAUUUAGAGGUUUGGCCUUUGCAAACUACCGAACUCCUGAAGAAACAGAUCUUGUAGUGUCGGCACUGAACGGCUACGAGGUUGCCGGUAGGAAACUCAGAGCAGAAAAAGAAAAGGCAGAACAGGAUGUACGAGAAAAAGACAAAAUCGUAAAAGAAAACGCUAAUCUUAAACCGGAAAAAAUGGAAAAUGGAAAACUAGACAAGACAUUGGCUGAUAGGAAAAGUCCAGAGCCCACAAAUCUCGACCUUAAUGAUCCCGAGACGCUCAAAUUCUAUGACCAAGUUAUUAUUUUCCGUGACGACAAAAGCCGUGAAGAACUGGCCUUUUCCAAGACGUUAACGCCUUCUCAGCGACGCACAGUACAUUUGAUUGCUCAGAAACUUGGGCUGUUCGAUUACAGCGAGGGUGAUGGUGAUGAGAAAGUGCUGAGGAUAGUGCGCAAACCCGCUUCAGCCGCUAUUAAUAUCAAGCAGACACCCUCUCGUAAUGGAUCUUACGGCAGACGAGCAGCAGCACAAUUGUUUGCAAACGCUACAGGCAUGUCAGAAAGUCCUUCCAAUAGAACACUGAGAGGUGGCGAAGCGUCGCCGUUAUCGCGAUCGCCUUUCAGAAGAUCUUGGAUCGCCGACGGUACGCCGAUUGUUUUCCCAAUUCGGCAACCUCGGGGACCCGAUCCAACACAGAAUUUUGCUUUUCGUCCGUCUCGGUUGCACACAUCUUCGAUUGCAUUUGGAGUAGUCGACGAUUCUGAUGCAGCGUCCGAUUAUUCCGAACAUAGAAGAUCGGGCCUUUUUGAUGUUCACGCACCUACAUUUCAAUCGAUUGUUUCGUAG